ACUGUGUGCGAGAUUCAGACCACCUGCCUCGUGUCUGAGGGCGGUGACAUUGUGGCUCAGCCCAGGACUGCGCCGGCUGGCUCACGCCUCGCCCGUCAUGUAGGCAUAUCCAGCCGUGUAUGCAGUCACCCCUUCGCUUGUCGGGCAGUGGCAGCAGUCUGCGACGUGAAGCUGCGCUGAGACUUCGUCUGCCAGCAUGUCCUGAUUGGCGGGCUCAGGCCCCAAGUUGCAAUCUCUCGAGCAACAGACUCUUCAGGUUUGGUCACCCAGGGCUGGACCAUUGCACGUCUGACCUAAAUAGGGCUACGUCCAAGGCAACACCACCUGCACAGCCCAGGCUUGGCCCUGGGCGUCAAAGGGUUACGGCCCUGCUCCAACAGUCAGAGAAAGGCGGGCGCUACUGCAAAGCGAGCCCGGGAGACGUGCGUUGGCCUCCGGAUCCCGGUCUGGGCUUCGGUUGCGGCUCCGCGCCGGGUCGGCUCAAUGUUGGACGUUCGGAAUCACUGUAUGAUUUCCGACGACCGACGUUGGGAUUUUUUUGCCGACCUCAGUCUCUGAGAGGACCAUAAGCAAACAAGUCUUGUGCCGUAUCAACCAAAAUAUGGUUUUUCGAGACAGCACAGCCGCCCUCAUUCAUUGUCUACACCGGC